CUGAGAUUCAAAUUUCGUAACGUCACACGCAAACAAUACUCUUUGUCUUCUUCUCCCUCCAUUUUUGAUUGAAGGUUUAUGUGUGUUAUUAUUAAAUCCAGUGUUCAUGGUUUAUGCUCUUCUCUGUCUUCUAACUAUGUGAGGAAGCCACACGUAAAGAGUUGAGACAAGAGAAAAGUAUGGAGUGCAAUAAAGAUGAGGCAGUUAGGGCCAAAGAAGUGGCAGAGAGGAAAUUAUCUGAAAAGGACUACGUUGGUGCAAAAAGGUUUGCUCUCAAGGCUCUUAAUUUGUAUCCUGCACUGGAGGGUCUUACCCAGUUUGUGACAACCUUGGAUGUUUAUAUCUCCGCCGAGAAAAAAAUAAGUGGAGUAACAGAUUGGUAUGGUGUACUUGGAGUGACUCCUUCUGCUGAUGAUGAGACAGUUAAAAAGCAGUACAGAAAGCUGAUUCUCGCUCUUCAUCCUGACAAAAACAAGUCUCCAGGUGCAGACGGUGCGUUUAAGCUUGUUUCUGAGGCAUGGACUUUGCUAUCAGAUAAGGCGAGAAGACUAGCAUAUAAUCAGAAGAGGAGUUCAACAGGGUUUCAGCAUAAUGCUCCCAACCACGUUGUGUCGCAACCAAAAGCACCCAAUCCAAAUAGGAUGGCAACUCCAAAUGCAAGAACUGGAAGUAAUAAUGCUCAGGCUCCUCCAACAUCCGUUCCUCCUCCAUAUAGAAUGGUUGAUACCUUUUGGACUAUCUGUAGUCGUUGUAGUACACUACUUCAAUAUCUCAGGAUUUAUUUGAAUGUUGCGCUACGAUGUCCAAACUGUAAUCAGGCGUUUGUGGCUGUAGAGAAGGUUCCACCUGCUGAUGGUGUUAAGUCUUUUAAUUGGUCCGCUCAGCAACAUCAACAAAAUUCUCAGCCUCGUGCUGGCGGGUCUUCUUUUAGUAACACAAACUCCCAGUACGCUCCUCACUCAAGAAUGCAUGGUUUUGCUAGCAAAGAUAGUUCAGCAUCUACUCCAGCUGCAUCUACUAAGCAGCAGGCAACUGUGAAAUCAAGAAGCAAAUGUGAGGGUGCUCCUUCAAUUGCUGCAAGGGAGAGCAGUCACAAGUACAAGAGGUCUGAUGGUUCUUUCAAUAAUGUCCAAAGAACUGUAAAGAAAAUGAGAUCAGAUGACAUUCACAUGGGUAUAGAAACGACACAUGGUUUUUCACGUUUUACUAACAAGCAUCGCAGCAUGAGAGAGUUGUCAACGUAUGAAUUGCGAAACAUGUUGAUCAAUAAAGCACAGAAUGAGAUUCGCAAGAAACUCCAAGAAUGGAAAUCAACAGCUGAAGAUAAGGUUAUGAACAAGGACAAAGGAAAUGUGAGACAAAAAGGCUUGUUAAAUGACAAAACAACUGGUUCGGAGAAGCAUGAAGAUUCCACCAUUAAUGGUAAUGGACAUCUGGAAAGUGAUCCUGUUCCCGUCACAUCUGAUGAUACUGGAAAGGAGAACCAAGACUGCUAUGUGAUUCCCGUUGCUGAUUCUGAUUUUCACAAUUUUGACUUGGAAAGAGCUGAAAAUUCCUUUGCAGAGGACCAGGUCUGGGCAGCUUACGAUGAUGAUGAUAAAAUGCCUAGAUUUUAUGUUAAAGUUCAAAAGGUGAUGUCAACGAAGCCAUUUAAAAUGAGUGUCAGUUGGCUUAACUCUCGAAGCAACAAAGAAUUGGGGCCGAUGGAUUGGAUAGGUUCUGGUUUUUAUAAAACUUGUGGGGAUUUCACGAUCGGCAAACGUGAAAUAACUGGAUCGUUAAAUUCCUUUUCCCACAAGGUUAGAUGGACAAAAGGCAACAGAGGAAUCGUUCGCAUCUUUCCGAGGAAGGGGGAUAUCUGGGCCCUUUAUAGAAACUGGUCUUCUGAUUGGAAUAAAGAUACUCCCGAUGAAGUGAAGCACAAGUAUGAUAUGGUGGAAGUACUUGAUGAUUUCAAUGACAAGCAAGGUGUACUAGUUACACCACUUAUCAAGGUUGAUGGUUUUGUGGCAGUGUUUCAGAGGAUUGAAGGUCAUGAUCUGGUAAGGAAGAUUCCCAAAGUGGAGAUGUUUCGAUUCUCUCAUCAGGUUCCUAAUUACUUGCUUACAGGACAAGAAGCUCCUAAUGCUCCAAAGGGUUGUCAAGAGUUGGAUCCAGCAGCCACCUCUUUAGACCUCCUUCAGACAAAGAAUGAAGCCAAUGUUGAAAAAUCAAAGGAAGACACAAGUUAG